AAACUCUGGUCACACCACCCAAUUCUAUCUUAGAACUAUCUGCCACAUCAGAUUUUUUCAAACCUUGUGUAUUGUUUCUCAAAAUAAAAACAAUGUCAUAGCAAAUUAAGAGUGAAUUGUAGUAUCAACAUCGAAAGCAGCUGUUAGUCUCGCGUCGUCCCCAUGUAGAAGUAACUCCAAAGUAACUCCUCGCCGUCGCUUAAACGCUACAGCAUCCAAAAAAUAGUUCUCGAACGAAGGGGAACGAAUGCGAAGAUAUACAUAACACUAGUAGUACGCCCACGUCUUAGUAUUAGGAAGAGGUUAAAAAACUUUAUCCCGAAAUGGCUCAAGCAAGCGUAAACUUAUCUGGGAACAUGCAGCAGCCAGUGGCUCCUGGAGGCAGGUUCUCUGUGGACCUUAAUAGCCUUCCAAGCCUAUCCAACCUGCCAUCACCGAUGCAGAUAUUCCAAAUGGUGCGCAACUCCCUUCGACCCUGGAUGGUCUUCUUUAACAUCAACAACUUCAAAACCGCCGUCAGCAUGCAGCGGCUGAACAACCGGGUUGUUCGGAAUCUCUCCUACUUCCAGGCCAACUAUGUCUUCAUCUUCUUCGUACUGAUGAUCUACUGUCUCAUUACUGCUCCCUGCAUCCUGCUGGUCAUCGCGGCCGCGGCAUUCGGUUGCCACAAGCUGCGCAUGCGCAAUAGCAACAUCACCGUUAUGGGACUUCAGUUGACGCCCAGUCAGCAGAUCAUAGCUCUCAAUCUGGCCACGGCGCCCGUGCUUUUCCUGGUGGGUGCAGGCUCAGUUCUCUUUUGGACGCUGGGCGCCUCCUGUUUUGUAAUAGCGAUGCACGCUAUCUUCUACAACAUCGAUGCUAUUGUGACGGAGGAGAACGAGGGGUUCCUUGCCCAGGUUGUUUGAUUGUCAGCCAGAGGCUGAAGCGUAGGUCUCUUGGGAUCAGUACAACCUGGGACAAGUAUGAGGAGGAGACAUAUUCGCCAAUAUGGGGCCUUAUUAGUCGUACAGUAUGCAAUAUAAACUAUUUAUAAAGAACUCUAGUUAAGUUUUAGCAGCAGACAAUGAAUAAACAAAAUACACAAGCUGUGACAGA